GAGGGGGCGUAGUCGGCGGAGUCGGGCCCCGCGGGGCGGGUGGAGAGGAAGGCUUCGGGGGCGCGCGGCCGGGGUCUCCGACGGCCUCGCGUGGGGUAGCAUGGACCCUGUUGCCGCCCACAGCUGCCACCUGCUGCAGCAGCUACACGAGCAGCGCAUCCAGGGCCUGCUGUGCGACUGCAUGCUGGUGGUGGAAGGCGUGUGCUUCAAGGCGCACAAGAACGUCCUGGCGGCCUUCAGCCACUACUUCCGGAGCCUCUUUCAGAAGUCUUCCAGCCAGAAGAGUGACGUUUUCCACUUGGAUGUUAAGAACGUGAGCGGCAUAGGGCAGAUCCUGGACUUCAUGUACACGUCUCAGCUGGACCUGAACCAGGACAACAUCCACGUCAUGCUGGACACGGCACGGUGUCUGCAGGUUCAGCACGUCCUGCAUCUGUGUCACACGUUCCUCAGGUCCGCCACCGCAGAGCAGCUGCCUGGCACGCCUGGGAACGGCGCCUUCUCCCUGCAGGGGACGCUGAGCCCCGAGAGCCCGUGUGUCCUGAGUGACAGCUACCCCCCUGCCUUGCUGCAGGAGUGCGCCACGGACGCUCAGCCCGGGAAGCCUGGGGACGAGUCGCAGUGUCCCGCGCCGCUGCCAUCGGUGAGCCUGCCCCAUUCCACGGGGGACGGGUCCAAGCAGGCCCCCGAGACGCUGGAUGGCAGCUGCAGCGACCUGCCUUUCAAACAGCCGAGUUACUACUACAAACUCCGAAGCCUUUACAGCAAGCAUUACUACAAGCAGGCCGCCUGUCCGAGUCACCAGCGCACCAUCGCGCAGCCCUUCACCUUCAGCUCCAGCUCAGACGCCGCCACUGAGGAGAACCAGCCUUGUGCCAUGGGCCCCUCUGCCUGCCUCCUCGAGUCCCCAGAGCACCUGCCCUCCAACUUCCUGGGCCAGCCUCUGAGCGAGUCCGCCCCAGAUCCCGAGCCGGACGCGGGCUGCCAGCAGCCUGCCAAACAGAUGAGGCUCAAGAAGGCCAUUCACCUCAAAAAGCUCAGCUUCCUCCAGUCGCAGAGGCGAGCGGAGCAGGCGGCUGACGUGGCUGAGGCCCAGCAGGUGCACUCCUCCAGUGGGAACCCUGGAGAGAAAGCCCCCAGCCAGAGCCCCGAAGGAAGAGCGGAGAGGGAAGGCGAGGACCUGGCACCUUCAGACAGCGUGGCUGGCACCAGUGAGGCCGAGGCCCCUGAGGCUGCCAGAUCGCUGGAAGACCCAGCCCAGGCACUGCAGCCACAGAGGCAGUACGUUUGCGAGCUGUGUGGGAAACCCUUCAAACACCCCAGCAACCUGGAGCUCCACAGACGGUCUCACACAGGUGAGAAACCUUUUGAAUGUAACAUUUGUGGGAAGCACUUCUCUCAGGCAGGGAAUCUGCAGACCCACUUGCGCCGGCACUCUGGUGAAAAGCCCUACAUCUGCGAGAUCUGUGGGAAGAGGUUCGCGGCCUCAGGCGACGUGCAGCGCCACAUCGUUAUCCACUCAGGAGAGAAGCCGCACCUGUGUGACGUCUGUGGCCGAGGCUUCAGCAACUUCAGCAACUUGAAGGAGCACAGGAAGACCCACACGGCCGACAAGGUCUUCACGUGCGACGAGUGCGGCAAGUCGUUCAAUAUGCAGAGGAAGCUGGUGAAGCACCGGGUCCGGCACACGGGCGAGCGGCCCUACAGCUGUGCUGCCUGCGGGAAAUGUUUUGGGGGCUCUGGGGACCUCCGCAGGCAUGUGCGCACACACACCGGGGAGAAGCCGUACACCUGCGAGGUCUGUAACAAGUGCUUCACGCGCUCGGCCGUGCUGCGGCGGCACAAGAAGACGCACGCGCUGGACGAGCUGGGCCCGGCCCUCGAGGCCUCGGACCUGGACAGGUCUCAGAGCUCGGACUCCUUCUCCCAGGACGCGUCAGGAACGCUGAGGCCCGUGCCGGUGAAGCUCCCCCUGCCCGCGGCUGAGAGCGCGUUCCACACCCAGGCCGCGGGCUCCUACGGGAAGUUACGGACCGUGGCACCGCUCCCCGAGGCCGCCGAGCAGGGGAAAGCCGGCCUGGACCCCGAGAAGCUGGCCAAGCUGCAGCUACUGCCCACACAACCACAGGCGUUCCCGUACUCGGAUGUUGAUGGCGGCGAGCCGCUGCAGGCCGACAGCACGGCCGUGAUGCGCUCCUCUCUGGCUGCCCUGGAUAACUGCGCCGACCCCAUGGGCGCACGGGCCUCUGCGGCCUACAGGACCUCCGAGGGCCAGUUUUUCUCCAGCAUGACGCUCUGGGGGCUGGCCAUGAAGACGCUGCAGAAUGAAAACGAGCUGGACCAGUGACGUGGCCACAUGUGCGUGUCAGCCUCAGAACCCCUCCCACACCGGGAAGAGGUGGAGACCCUCCCACGGCUGGCGGC